AUGGAGAUAGCUCCGGCGCGGAGAGCAGCCAGGCUUUUGGGACAGCUGCGGCCGGCAGUUUCGCCUUCACGGGUCUCACCGGCUGCAGUGUGCACCAACUCAAGGUGCUAUGCAGCCCGGCAGCCAAACGGUCUCCAGCUUCCUUUCUCCAAGGUGCUGAUUGCAAACCGUGGUGAGAUUGCCGUGCGAGUCGCCCGGGCGUGCCAGGAAGAAGGCUUGGCCACUGUGGGCAUCUACGCCGAGGAGGACAAGGGUUCCUUGCACGUACAGCGCGUGCAAGAAGCGAUUCGUGUCACCUCCAAGAACCCGGGCCCAAUUGCGCCGUACCUGGACGUGCAGAGUGUGGUGGAAGCCGCCAAGCAGACAAAAGCGCAGGCGGUGCAUCCGGGCUACGGCUUCCUCAGCGAGAGCGCAGAGUUUGCUGCUGCCUGCGAGGCUGCUGGGAUCAUUUUCAUUGGCCCCCGCCCGGAGACAAUUGCGCUUCUUGGAGACAAGGUCCGCGCCCGGGAGCUGGCAAUGUCCAGCAAUGUUCCGGUUUUGAAAGGUUCGCCUUUCCUCGACUCCUACCAAGAUGCACGAGAUUUCUUGGCACGCGAGGGCCUUCCCUUGCCGAUCAUCUUCAAGGCAGCCUUCGGCGGUGGCGGCCGCGGCAUGCGGCUCGUCCGUCAAGACGGUGAGCUCAACGAGGCCUUUGAGCGCUGCACCAGUGAGGCGAAGACGGCCUUUGGCAAUGGUUCCGUCUUUCUCGAAGAGUUUCUCGAUGAUGCCCGCCACAUCGAGGUCCAGGUCUUGGCGGACGGUCAGGGUGGCUGCGCACACCUCUACGAGCGGGACUGCAGCGUGCAGCUGCGCAACCAGAAGGUUGUCGAGGUGGCCCCAGCUCGCAUUCACCCUGGGUUGCGAGCUCGCAUCACGGACUGCGCCGUGCGCCUCCUCUUGAACUGCAACUAUCGAGGCGUUGGCACCGUUGAGUUCAUGGUUGCUGGUGGACUCGACGAUCCCGACGCCCGUUUCGUGUUCAUGGAGGUCAACCCCAGGAUCCAGGUCGAGCACACGAUUACGGAAGAGGCCACCGAUGUGGAUAUCGUGAAGACACAGCUCGGCAUUGCAAGUGGCAAGAAGCUCGAAGACCUGGGCCUUCCAGGAGGUCCCGGGCACGCAGCUUCGACGCUGCGUGGCUUCGCAAUCCAGGCGCGGGUCUCCUUGGCCCCGGGAGGUGGCAGCGAGGUGUCAGCUUAUAGCGAGCCAAGUGGUGACGGCAUUCGCGUGGACGCUGCCCUGUACGCGGGGGGCAAGCCCAGCAUGCACUACGACCCCUUGGUUGGCAAGUUGAUUUGCUACGCACCGGGUGAAGGCGAUGAGGCCUUCCAGUCCUGCCGGGAGCGGACCAUCGCCGCCCUCGACUCCUACGUCAUCGACGGAGUCAACACCAACAAGGUCUUGCUGCGAGGCAUCCUGCACCACCCCGAGUUCAUCCAGAAUGAGGUGCUUCUCUCGUUCAUGGCCCGCCACGGCCCGACCCUCGCUGGUGGCCCUGGCACUGCGAGCAGUAGCCAAGCAUCGAAGCCCGCCACCUUGAAGCGCCAAGAGCUGUCGGUCUCUUCACCCUUGGAGGCGACCGUGGUGCAGAGCUGCGUCCAAGAAGGCCAAGAGGUCGAGGAGGGACAGCUGCUGGUCUUGCUCUCGGCCAUGAAGCUGGAAACCGAGGUCCGGUCCCCGCAUGCUGGAAAGGUGCUAAGUGUUUCCGCGGUCGCGAACCAGACAGUCAGUGCAGGCCAGGAUUUGGUUGUUUUGGAUGCUCUGGUUCCUGAGGAUGGCGAAGGUGCUGCUGCCGAGACGGCGGCUAUGGCAUCCGCGAGCCGUGUGCGACUCGUGGGGUCAGCGAUGGCAGAUGCAACUUCCGUGUGGUACGGCAAGGAAGAUGGUGUCAAGCCGUGCCAGGGCCCGACAUCCAGCAGCAUCCGGUUGCCUGCUCCACGCCACAGCGACGAGACCUUCCUCAAGCGGAAAGCGCACCACACCGCCCUGCUGGAUGAGCUCAACAAGCGCCUGGAGGUUGUAUACGCUGGAGGAGGCGAGACGGCAGUGGAGCAGCAUCAUGCCCGUGGCAAGGCCUUGCCACGGGAGCGCAUCAAGGCGAUUCUGGAUCCGGGAACGGACUUUCUGGAAUUCUCCGCCCUAGCAGCCAAUGACCUUUACGAUGGCAUGGCGCACUCUGCAGGUAUUGUUACUGGCGUCGGCCUGGUGCAUGGCAAGGAAGUCCUCUUUGUAGCAAACGAUGCUACGGUCAAAGGUGGCACCUACUACCCCAUGACGGUGAGCAAGCACUUGCGGGCGCAGCAGAUCGCCAGAGAGAACAACCUUCCGUGCGUCUACCUUGUCGACAGCGGGGGCGCGUACCUUCCACUGCAGGACGAGGUGUUCCCCGGACGUCUGCACUUUGGCCGUAUCUUCUACAACCAGGCGCAAAUGUCUCGCCGCGGCUUGCCGCAGAUCUCGGCUGUCCUGGGCUCGUGCACCGCGGGUGGUGCCUAUGUGCCGGCAAUGUCAGAUGAGAACAUCAUUGUCAAGGGCAAUGGCACCAUCUUCUUGGGUGGGCCACCCCUGGUAAAGGCCUCCACUGGCGAAGUGGUUUCCGCCGAGGAGCUCGGGGGUGCCGAUGUGCACACCUCCAAGUCUGGAGUCGCAGACCACUACGCGGAGAACGAGCCGCAGGCCUUGGCGAUCUGCCGUGAGGUGCUGGCGCAUGUUGGUGAACCGACGCAUCCGAAGCACCCAGAGGUGGAGCCGGAGUCCCCACUUUUCGACCCCAACGACCUGCUGGGAAUUGUCCCUGAAGACAACUCCAAGGCUUUAGAAGUGAGGGAGAUCAUUGCUCGAAUCGUGGACGGAUCGCGGUUCCAUGAGUUCAAGCACAGGUUUGGCACCACUUUGGUGUGCGGCUUCGCACACAUCCAUGGCUACCCCAUUGGCAUUGUGGCCAACAAUGGGAUCCUGUUUGGUGAGUCGGCCCAGAAGGGAGCCCACUUCGUGCAGCUUUGCGGCCAGCGGCGCAUUCCACUUUUGUUCCUGCAGAACAUCACCGGCUUCAUGGUGGGGAAGGCCUAUGAGAAUGGCGGCAUCGCUCGCGACGGGGCCAAGAUGGUGAACGCCGUGGCCUGCGUGGACGUGCCAAAGAUCACGGUGAUCGUGGCUGGCAGCCAUGGUGCUGGGAACUAUGGCAUGUGCGGCCGUGCUUUUGAUCCUCGCUUCCUGUUCAUGUGGCCCAAUGCCCGAAUCGGCGUGAUGGGUGGUUCGCAGGCGGCGGAGGUUCUCGCAACCGUGAAGCAGGCGCAGCUGAAGCGACAGGACAAGCCUGAGAUGACCGAUCAGCAGUUCCUGGACUGGGCUUAG